AUGGAGGGAAAGAAUCCCAAAGUUAUUGAAAACUCUGAAGGUGCACGAACGACACCUUCUGUUGUUGCUUUCAACCAAAAGGGAGAGUUACUUGUGGGCACCCCCGCAAAACGUCAGGCUGUGACCAAUCCAACCAACACAGUUUUUGGAACCAAGCGUCUAAUCGGUAGAAGAUAUGAAGAUCCUCAGACGAAAAAGGAAAUGGGAAUGGUUCCUUUCAAGAUUGUCAAGGCUCCCAAUGGAGAUGCGUGGGUUGAAGCAAAUGGGCAGCAAUAUUCUCCUAGUCAAAUUGGGGCAUUUAUUUUGACCAAAAUGAAAGAAACUGCUGAGGCUUAUCUUGGAAAGGGUGUUUCUAAAGCAGUUAUCACUGUUCCAGCUUAUUUCAAUGAUGCCCAGAGGCAAGCAACUAAGGAUGCUGGUAGAAUUGCAGGCCUUGAUGUUGAGAGAAUAAUCAAUGAGCCUACUGCUGCUGCCCUUUCAUAUGGAAUGAACAACAAGGAGGGUCUCAUUGCAGUCUUUGAUCUUGGUGGCGGUACAUUUGAUAUCUCAAUUUUGGAGAUUUCAAAUGGUGUCUUUGAGGUCAAAGCAACAAAUGGUGAUACUUUCUUGGGAGGAGAGGAUUUUGACAAUGCAUUGCUGGAUUUCUUGGCUCGCACUUCAGAGGCUUCGGAAGCUGCUGAGAAAGCUAAAAUUGAACUCUCAUCAACAUCGCAGACUGAAAUUAAUCUUCCAUUUAUAACAGCUGAUGCUUCUGGGGCAAAACACUUGAAUAUCACAUUGACCAGAUCAAAGUUUGAAUCUUUAGUAAAUCACUUGAUUGAGAGGACCAAAGCUCCCUGUAAGAAUUGCUUGAAAGAUGCUGGCAUUUCCACAAAUGAUGUUGAUGAGGUUCUUCUUGUUGGAGGGAUGACACGUGUACCUAAAGUGCAAGAAGUAGUUUCAGGGAUCUUUGGGAAGAGUCCAAGCAAAGGAGUCAAUCCUGACGAGGCUGUUGCUAUGGGGGCAGCAAUUCAGGGUGGUAUACUUCGUGGGGAUGUUAAAGAGUUGCUUCUGCUUGAUGUAACUCCUUUGUCACUUGGUAUUGAGACACUAGGUGGAAUAUUCACUAGGCUAAUCAACCGGAACACAACCAUUCCAACAAAGAAAAGUCAGGUGUUCUCUACUGCAGCUGAUAACCAGACUCAAGUAGGUAUCAAGGUGCUUCAAGGUGAGCGUGAAAUGGCUGCUGACAACAAGCUUUUGGGUGAGUUCGACUUGGUAGGCAUUCCCCCUGCUCCUAGAGGUAUGCCUCAGAUUGAGGUUACAUUUGACAUUGAUGCAAAUGAUGGUCAAAGAAGCUGAGUUGCAUGCUCAGAAGACCAACAAAGGAAAAGUCUGAUUGAUGUAAAAAACAAUGCAGACACCACUAUUUAUAGUGUAGAGAAGAGCUUGAAUGAGUACAGGGACAAGAUUCCUAGCGAAAUUGCAAAAGAAAUCGAGGGUGCUGUUGCAGAUUUGAGGAAGGCAACGGAAGGAGAGGAUGUUGACGAGAUCAAGGCGAAGAUAGAUGCCGCGAAUAAAGGCGUCUCAAAGAUUGGGGAGCACAUGUCUGGUGGUUCUGGUGGUGCCCAAGGAGGUUCUUCUGGAGGUGCUCAAGGUGGUGACCAGGCCCAAGAAGCCGAAUACGAGGAGGUGAAGAAGUGAUUGAUUAGGCACUGAUUUUGUUCAGUUUGUAUCUUCUAUUUUCUGAUGACCAAUUUAUGAGUGCAAUGCAUGUUUAGAAAUUUCGAUUUUUUGUGAUGUAGACGUCUUUGUUAUACAUAGCGCCAAAAUUAUGCAUGUUAAAUGUCAAAGGCACAAAACUUGAGAGAGUUGUUGAUUUCUUGCAUUAUAGGCAAAUGGUAGCGGGGCAGUAGAACCUGCUUCUUUGAAAGAAAUAGAAGAAACACAAUGUUCGGCAUA